AUGGUUGUGACGUGUUACCUAUGUUCCAAUAUCAUUGAUGUAUUUAUUGCUGCCUGGGAAUAUCUGGACAGUGCAUCGCUGAUGAAGUUGGAAGAAUUUUAUACAAUUGCGACGGACGUUUCUUCACUGCUUACUGUGCUGGCUGCUAGUCUACGAUUACCAAUUUAUUUAGUUAAUGACAAAAUUAUACGAAAAGAGGUAAAAAUACCGAUGAUGAGUUAACA